UCUGUCAUUGAAUUUAGUUAAUGGUAUUAUAUUGUUCACUUUUAAUUCAGGCCAAGACGAUAAAGCAUAGUCACAAUCGGACUUAAUUAAAAUUAAAUAAAGCGAAAAAAAUCAACUGAAUUUAAAGAACGAAAAGUGUAGCUGAAAGUAAAAUGCCACGAGGACGAAGUGCAAAUCAUAAAGGCCGAUCUCGGCAGUUUACGCCGGCGGAUCAACUGCAGCAGGAUCUGGACGAGAACCUUGAAAUGGCUCGAGCCCAAGUCAGAGGAGGAAAACCGAAAACCGACGAUAGCUAUAAGAAAUCCAGCAGCUCGGAAUAUGAACAAAGUCCUGAAAUGAAUCGGAAUAAAUAUUAUAAAGAAAUGAAAUCCAUCCGGCCGAUCGGCAGUGGUGUUCAUGGCCUAAUUGAAGUAGCCAAUCCGAAUCGCCCGUGUAAUCCAAACGCCUUAAAGAGGACAGCUUCGCAGAAACUUAACGAAUUACCAGUCCGUCUUGACGAAAACCAAUUGCCCGAGCUUAGGCGCUAUGAGCGUGAACGAGCCCGUGGCCGGAAGGAGCUAAGGGCAAGUCAGGUCCAAGCUGAUUUGGCCAGAUUGGCCAUCAUACGCAAAGAGCGUGAGGCUGCCGCCGAAAAACGCUUAAAUGCCAAGCGGGAGAUACAGGAGGCCGCUGCGUUGGCCACUCAAUCGAAUUUAUCUCUAAAGAAAAAAUCGCCUAAUUCGGAACAAAGUCAUUCAAAUGAAAAUAUCGAGAACGAGAGACUUAGGUGCAUGGAAAUAGAGAUUAAUCUUAGUAAGAUUAGCAUUGAUAAUAAUAAAAAUACUGUACGUCAAAGACGGCGCUACACUAAGAUCCAGACUUUGCAUGUGUCGCCGUUAACGAACCUUCAGGAAUCAAAUCAGUCAAAUGCAUCUUUAAGUACACAAGAGUCAAAAAACUCAACUAAGGGGCGUAAGGACAAAUAAAAUCCACUUAGCCAACCUUAAUCAAACAUUUUCCCUUAAAAACACGAAUGUAUAGAAAAGUCC